UUGUGCUGUUUCAGUUCACUGGGGAUAAGAAAGCGGUAUAGAAAGCUUUUAAAACGGAAGCAGACUGGAAAUUCACGAGUUCUAAACGGGAAUGAGAAACGAAGUGCAUAUAAAAAUUCUAGUGGAAAUACUCUUCUAUCUGUUGCUAGAAGGGACGACACCGGUGGGAGUCGUCAGGGAAAAACUGAAGUCACGUCUUCUGAAUACUCUCCGAUAAAGACGAGAGGUUUUGUUAAAAAAAAGUAUGUUUCCUGUGGGUUACCAACUUGUAACUACAGGCUAAGUUUUGAGAAACCGAAAGAAAUUUGUAUUUUGACCGAAGAUGACGUUUUACUUUCUCAUCUCUGUUUCUUUGCAGUUCACUUAACUUGCUUGGGUUAUCCGGCAGAAUCCGCUUCCAUGAUUUUCAGAAAACGUUCUGUUGACUGGCAGUGUCCUAUGUGUGUGCUCUGUACGAAGUGUUCAGGAUAUGUUUAUGAUGCAGAGAACGUUCAGUGCUUUUUUUGUGACCGAUCGUACCAUGGGCGUUGUCGACCGGAUGAUUGCUCGGGUGUUUGUUCCUCUCCUACUGGACCAUGGUACUGUCCAGAUUGUAAGGUUGAACCAAGGUUGGUUUUCAAUUUUCUCUCUAAUUUUCUUUCACAGGAAAGCUUAAGAAGGGAUGUUGCUGUUGAAUUAUCCACUUCUUCAAAUCAGUUAGUGCACUUUGGCGUCGAGUCUGAAUUUGAAGCUCUGCACAGGUCACCUUAUCCAAAACUUCUAUCAGACGCUCAUCAUUUAUAUGUUUGUCAGUUCUGUCUUACUGCCGUAGAAAACAGUGUCUGUUGCGAGUGGCGACACCCUCCCGGGAAUGAAAUUUAUAGAGAAGGGCUUUUUUCGUUUUGGGAAGUAGACGGUGAGAUGGAGAAGUCUUAUUGUCAGCGCCUUUGCCUCCUCGCCAAGUUGUUUCUUUCUUCAAAAACCCUGCAUCGUGAGGUAGAAAUGUUUAUAUUCUAUCUCCUCACUAAAUGCUCUGCUGACGGAUGUGUAUUAAUUGGUUAUUUCUCAAAGGAGAAAGUUCCCAGCAAAAACAACAAUUUAAGUUGCUUACUUACUUUACCGUCUUCGUUGAGGCGUGGAUAUGGACGAUAUCUUAUUGAUCUCAGCUAUAAACUGUCACUACGGGAGAAAAAAGUGGGUGGCCCAGAGCAUCCACUUUCUGAUUUAGGGUUAGUAACCUAUAGAGGCUACUGGAGAGCUGUGCUGUUUUCAUAUUUACGGAAAAAAAAACCCACGAGUGACUUUUCUCUAAAGGGUAAGGAACAACAUAACAUUGCCAAGAGGGCAUACAUGGCGCCACUAAAAACACUACGCCGUCGAGUAGUGAAGGAUGAAUUAUUAUUCUGGGAACCGGAGUUCGAAGUUGACAGCGAUAAAAUAGGGAACUACGCCUCCAACAAGCCUCUUUUUUAA